UGUAAAAGGUAGGCACGGAAUCAGAGCGCGUUACUCUUUCUUUUAUUUAUUUAUUUUUAAAAAACCUGGGUGAGCUUAUCCUCCAUGCCGGCUAACUCUUCCUUUGCCCAGUAGGUGGCGCAGUCCGCCAACAAGGAGCCACCUCUGCUUUCUGAUUCCUCCCCCCCUUCUUUCCUCCCCCUUUUGGAAGCCGCGCAUUGACAUGGGCCUAACGAUUCUCGGAUCGUCAUUAUUUGUAACCAUAGAGCAUGAAUUGCCUCUUGAGGUCAUCAGUGAGAAUUUACGACUGGUCAACAAAAGCACGUGAUUCCCAAACGCACCCCCCACCCCACCCCCAUAUUUGGCCGCAUACAUAGCAAAAACGAAGUACAGUGCAUCGCUAUAAUUCAUUAAUACAUCAUAAAUCCUCAAGCACAGGGGUUAUAACGACCACGAGCCCCACAAAUCAAGCCCUCCAAAAUACAACCCAAAUGAGUUCUUACUUUGUAAACUCGUUCUCAGGACGCUAUCCUAAUGCCCCAGACUAUCAGCUGUUAAAUUAUGGGACCGGCAGUUCCAUGAACGGAUCUUAUAGAGAUCCAGGCAACAUGCACGCCGGCUCUUAUGGUGGAUACAACUACAAUGGGAUGGAUCUGAGCAUCAGCCGUUCAACCUCCUCCUCCAGCCACUUUGCAACGGUUGGGGAGAGCUCCCGCGCCUUCCCUGCCCAAGCCGCGCCGGAGAGCAGGUUCAGGCAGGCGUCGAGCUGCUCCUUGUCCUCUCCCGAGUCCCUCCCUUGCACCAGCACCAGCAGCAGCACCAGCAACAACAACAACAACAACAACGGCGGCGGCGGAGGCGGCGGCGGCAGCAGCAGCAGCAACGGCGAGAGCCAUGGAGGCAAAGCAGCCUCGUCUUCCCCCGCCGACCAGGCAGCUUCGGUCGGCACGGCCAACGCCACCAGUUUCACAGAGAUAGACGAAACCAGCGCGUCUUCGGGAACAGAAGAGAGCGGCUCCCAAGUCAACAGCAACGGCGUCAGAGCUCAGGCAGAGCCCAUCGCCACGUCCACGCCAGCCACAGAAGGACAGAGCCCACAGAUAUUCCCCUGGAUGCGAAAACUUCAUAUUAGCCAUGAUAUGACUGGACCGGAUGGUAAACGAGCGCGGACGGCGUACACUCGCUACCAGACCCUGGAACUGGAGAAGGAGUUUCACUUUAAUCGCUACCUCACCCGCAGAAGGCGAAUAGAAAUAGCCCACGCUUUGUGUCUCUCCGAAAGACAGAUAAAAAUCUGGUUCCAAAACAGGCGAAUGAAGUGGAAGAAAGAUAACAAACUCAAAAGUAUGAGUUUAGCGUCUGGUGGCAGCGCUUUCCAGCCUUAAAUUAUAUCAAGGGGGGAAUAGUAAGAAAUAGAAGUGUGGGGCGGGGUGGGGGGGAGAAGAAAAGAAAGAAAGAAAGUGAGAAAGUUUAAAACUAAAACUAAAAAAAAAGCAACAACCAGUCUCUUUUUUUUUAAGUUUGGAGUACUGUAAAGUGAAGCACUUUCCAUUCAGCAUGCUGUUGGUUGAUUUAUUAUAAUUAUUGUUAUUAAACAACUUCGGUGGUACUGUUAUUCCAGGACUGUGUCCUUUGCUGCGAUUUCCCCCCUCUAAAUUAAAAUAAAUAAAAUAAAGUUAUUUCCAGAGGCUUCUUUAA